CUGGCGAGUACCUCCGCAAUGAGACCGCUGCUGUUGCAAAGCUCUUCUGGUAGUGUCUUGCGGACAGUUUUAGGGUUCUUUCCCACUUGUGGACACAAACUCGUCACCCGACCAACCGCUGUGUCUCAUUUGUACUCUUCAAGAAAAAUGAUGCACUAUCAAGCGGUGGAGCGAGGAAGCCCCAACACUCCAAAUUACCGGGUUUAUUUUAAAAACUCAGAAGGCAACUACAUUUCUCCUUUCCAUGAUAUUCCACUGAUAGCAGAGGCAGAACAGCAGGAUUUGCCAGCAAAGAAGGCAAAAAAGAGCGAGGUGCUCUUCAACAUGGUCGUGGAGGUACCUCGGUGGUCAAAUGCAAAGAUGGAGAUCGCAACACAGGAACCUCUGAAUCCCAUCAUGCAAGAUGUGAAGAAAGGCAAGCUCCGAUAUGUCGCCAACAUAUUUCCCCAUAAAGGUUACAUUUGGAACUAUGGAGCCAUUCCACAGACGUGGGAGGACCCCAACCAUACCGACUCGGAAACAAAAUGCUGUGGCGAUAACGAUCCCAUCGACGUCUGUGACAUUGGUACACAGGUGUGCUCCAUUGGGCAGGUCAUCCAAGUGAAAGUGCUCGGAAUUUUGGCAAUGAUUGACGAAGGCGAAAUGGACUGGAAAGUCAUCGCUAUCAAUGCAGAGGACCCUGAUGCCAAAAACUUAAAUAACAUAGACGAUGUCUGUAAGAGCCGGCCCGGUCAUUUAGAGGCCACUGUGGACUGGUUCAGGAAAUACAAAGUUCCUGAUGGGAAACCCGAGAACCAAUUUGGAUUCAAUGCACAAUUCAAAGAUAAGGACUUUGCUGUUGAGAUGAUCAAGUCCACACAUGAGCACUGGAGGGCACUAGUGCAAAAGGAGACGAAUAGUGGAGGGAUUGAAUGUAAAAAUAUAUCAUGCAGUGAAAGUCCUUUCAAAUGCAAAGCAGAAGAAGCCAGAUACGUGGUCCAAUUGACCCCUGAACUCAGUAGCGGUCAGUGUGUUCCUCCAGAAGUGGACAAGUGGCACUUUGUCUGACUGAGAAAACCUAAAGACAUCAUGGACACGAACACAAAUAAAAUCGGAUCAUCCCAUCAAUCAGUAUAAACUUUGCUCUAGUUUUGAGAAGACAGAAUUGUCUGGUAAGGAUUUGUGGACACCUGUAUAAUAAGUUUGUUGUACAAACCCCGUUUUCGUAUGAGUUGGGAAAUUGUGUUAGAUGUAAAUAUAAACGGAAUACAAUGAUUUGCAAAUCAUUUUCAACCCAUAUUCAGUUGAAUAUGCUACAAAGACAACAUAUUUGAUGUUCAAACUGAUAAACUUUUUUUUUUUUGCAAAUAAUCAUUAACUUUACAAUUUGAUGCCAGCAACACGUGACAAAGAAGUUGGGAAAGGUGGCAAUAAAUCCUGAUAAAGUUGAGGAAUGCUCAUCAAACACUUAUUUGGAACAUCCCACAGGUGUGCAGGCAAAUUGGGAACAGGUGGGUGCCAUGAUUCGGUAUAAAAGUAGAUUCCAUGAAAUGCUCAGUCAUUCACAAACAAGGAUGGGACAAGGGUCACCACUUUGUCAACAAAUGCGUGAGCAAAUUGUUGAACAGUUUAAGAAAAACCUUUCUCAAGCAGCUAUUGCAAGAAAUGUAGGGAUUUCACCAUCUACGGUCCAUAAUAUCAUCAAAAGGUUCAAAGAAUCUGGAGAAAUCACUGCACGUAAGCAGCUAAGCCUGUGACCUUCGAUCCCUCAGGCUGUACUGCAUCAACAAGCGACAUCAGUGUGUAAAGGAUAUCACCACAUGGGCUCAGGAACACUUCAGAAACCCACUGUCAGUAACUACAGUUGGUCGCUACAUCUGUAAGUGCAAGUUAAAACUCUCCUAUGCAAGGCGAAAACCGUUUAUCAACAACACCCAGAAACGCCGUCGGCUUCGCUGGGCCUGAGCUCAUCUAAGAUGGACUGAUGCAAAGUGGAAAAGUGUUCUGUGGUUUGACGAGUCCACAUUUCAAAUUGUUUUUGGAAACUGGACGUCGUGUCCUCCGGACUAAAGAGGAAAAGAACCAUCCGGAUUGUUAUAGGCGCAAAGUUGAAAAGCCAGCAUCUGUGAUGGUAUGGGAGUGUAUUAGUGCCCAACACAUGGGUAACUUACACAUCUGUGAAGGCGCCAUUAAUGCUGAAAGGUACACACAGGUUUUGGAGCAACAUAUGUUGCCAUCCAAGCAACGUUACCAUGGACGCCCCUGCUUAUUUCAGGAAGACAAUGCCAAGCCAUGUGUUACAUCAACGUGGCUUCAUAGUAAAAGACUGCGGGUACUAGACUGGCCUGCCUGUAGUCCAGACCUGUCUCCCAUUGAAAAUGUGUGGCGCAUUAUGAAGCCUAAAAUACCACAACGGAGACCCCCGGACUGUUGAACAACUUAAGCUGUACAUCAAGCAAGAAUGGGAAAGAAUUCCACCUGAGAAGUUCCUUAGAGUGUUGUUAAAAGAAAAGGUGAUGUAACACAGUGGUGAACAUGCCCUUUCUCAACUAAUUUGGCACGUGUUGCAGCCAUGAAAUUCUAAGUUAAUUAUUAUUUGCAAAAAAACAAUAAAGUUUAUGAGUUUGAACAUGAAAUAUCUUGUCUUUGUAGUGCAUUCAAUUGAAUAUGGGUUGAAAAGGAUUUGCAAAUCAUUGUAUUUUGUUAAUAUUUACAUCUAACACAAUUUCCCAACUCAAAUGGAAACGGGGUUUGUACAAUAAAGCUCCAUGUAACAUAUAGUAGUGCCUUGGAUUCCUUUGAUAAUAAUAACAAUAAUAUUGUUUCUGGAUUGGAUUUAUAUAGUGCUCAAAGUGCAUGACACUGAAAACCCAUAAUUUGUUAAAUAUUAUUCACAUAAUGAUGGUGUGGAGCUACAUUUGUAGCCACAGCUGCUUUGGGGUAGACUGCAAAUUUGCAGCAACGGCUUCUCCGAUCACCAUCAACCAUUCAUUCAAAUUUAUGCACCAGGGUGGGUUGCACUGGAAGUAAGGUGGGUGAAGUGUCUUGCCUAAGGACACAACGACAGUGACAGGGAUGGCAAAAAGCUGUAUUUUUACCUGGAACCUCAAUAUUCUGGGCAGUUGCUCUACCAUCUGAGCCAGGUCACCUCAUUCCAAAAGGUUAGACGAAGACCGAAUUGUACCUAAACUGGAAUAACUUUUUCUAUAACAAGUAUUGUAAAUGCAAUUAAUCCAUCCCAGUCACCCACAAAUAUAUGCAAAAACAAUGCAAAAAUAAAUGUUCUGUUCUUUGCUA